AUGGCGAUACGUCUCAUGAGGCGGCUUGGACUGCCCCUCCUCCCCGUCCUCCUGACGAUCGCUGCUGCGUCAAGCAGCGAUGAGGCAUCGCUGCUUGCUUUCAAGGCGGGGCUCACCGGGAGUAAUUCAAGCGCGCUCGCCUCAUGGAACAGCAGCGGCGCCAGCUUCUGCAACUGGGAGGGCGUCACCUGCAGUCGCCGGAGGCCGACGCGGGUGGCGUCGCUGAGCCUGCCAUCCAGCAAUCUCGCCGGCACGCUCUCCCCAGCCAUCGGGAACCUCACCUUCCCGCGAAGGCUAAACCUGAGCUCCAACGGCCUCUACGGCGAGAUCCCCACCAGCAUUGGUCGCCUCCGACGCCUGCAAUGGCUCAACCUGAGCUACAACUCCUUCUCUGGUGCGUUCCCUGUCAACCUCACCUCCUGCAUCAGUCUGAAAAUCCUGGACCUCGACUAUAACCAGCUGGGCGGGAUUAUCCCGGUGGAGCUAGGAAACACGUUGACACAGCUUCAGAUGCUUCUACUGACCAACAAUAGCAUCAUCGGACCGAUCCCGCCCUCGCUAGCCAACCUAUCAUUGCUCCAGGACCUAUACUUGGACUACAACCACCUGGAGGGCCUGAUCCCACCAUGCCUCGGCAACUUCCCAGUUCUGCAUGAGCUUAGCUUGGAAGCAAACAUGCUCACCGGCGAAUUCCCCCACUCUCUAUGGAAUCUGUCGGCACUGAGGGUGAUCGGAGUAGGGCUCAACAUGCUACAAGGGAGCAUUCCUGCCAACAUUGGUGACAAGUUUCCUGCCAUGCGCUUCUUUGGAUUGCAUGAGAAUCGUUUUCAUGGGGCCAUACCAUCUUCUCUGUCCAAUCUUUCAAGGCUCACAGAUUUGUACCUCGCAGAUAACAACUUCACUGGAUUUGUGCCUCCCACCUUGGGGAUGUUGCAUUCUCUUAAGUAUCUAUACAUCGGAACAAACCAGCUUGAGGCAGAUAACGGAAAGGGUUCGGAAUUUGUAACUUCUCUAGCAAACUGCAGCCAGCUGCAAGAAUUGAUGCUCUCUCACAACUUCUUUGGUGGGCAGCUGCCAAGAUCGAUUGUGAAUCUGUCAAUGACGUUACAGAUGCUCGAUUUAGAGAAUAACAGCUUCUCUGGGACCAUCCCUCACGACAUUAGCAAUUUGAUUGGCUUGAGAUUACUCGACCUGGGGUUCAAUCCCAUAUCUGGAGUAAUUCCAGAAAGUAUUGGGAAGCUAACAAACUUGGUUGACCUUGCCCUAUACAACACUGGUCUGUCAGGCCUCAUACCGUCAACCAUUGGAAAUCUUACCAAACUGAAUAGGCUGCUUGCAUUCCACACCAAUUUGGAAGGGCCAAUUCCAGCAACCAUUGGGAGGCUAAAAAAUCUGUUUAAUCUGGAUUUGUCAUUCAAUCGCCUAAACGGUUCAAUUCCCAGGGAAAUUCUAGAGCUGCCUUCUCUAGCUUGGAUCUUGGACCUGUCAUACAACUCCCUCUCUGGACACCUUCCAUCAGAAGUUGGUACUUUAGCUAACCUAAACCAGUUAAUUCUGUCAGGAAACCAGCUUUCUGGCCAAAUACCAAACAGUAUAGGAAAUUGUGAAGUGUUGGAAUUCCUCUUGCUAGAUAAUAACUCAUUCGGAGGAGACAUGCCUCAAUCUUUGACCAAUCUGAAAGGGCUCAACGUACUAAACCUAACCGUGAACAAGUUAUCUGGUAGGAUCCCCAAUGCCAUUAGUAACAUUGGCAAUCUGCAAUACCUGUGUCUAGCACAUAACAAUUUUUCAGGACCAAUACCAGCAGCCCUACAAAAUUUUACACUAUUGAAGCAAUUAGAUGUGUCGUUCAACAAUUUGCAAGGGGAAGUACCAGUUAAAGGUGUUUUCAGAAACCUGACCUUUUCAUCGGUUGUGGGGAAUGAUAACUUGUGCGGUGGAAUACCCCAGCUUCACUUGCCUCCAUGUCCCAUUCUUGAUGUAAGCAAGAACAAGAACCAGCAUCUAAAGUCUCUUGCAAUAGCCCUGCCAACAACAGGUGCAAUGUUGGUGUUGGUUUCAGUUAUUGUUCUUAUUCUGUUACACAACAGGAAGCUCAAACGAAGACAAAACAGACAAGCAACAUCACUGGUUAUUGAGGAACAGUAUCAAAGGGUUUCAUAUUAUGCAUUGUCAAGAGGAAGUAAUGAUUUUUCAGAAGCCAACCUGCUCGGCAAAGGAAGAUAUGGUUCUGUUUAUAGAUGUACUUUAGACAAUGAGGAUGCACUAGUGGCCGUAAAAGUGUUCGACCUUCAACAAUUAGGAUCUUCAAAGAGCUUUGAGGCUGAAUGUGAGGCUUUGAGAAGAGUACGCCACCGCUGCCUCAUAAAGAUCAUCACUUGUUGCUCGAGUAUUGAUCCACAGGGUCAGGAGUUCAAGGCACUGGUUUUGGAGUUCAUGCCUAAUGGUAGCUUGGAUGGUUGGAUUCAUCCCAAAUCGAGCAAAUGCAGUCCUAGCAACACACUCAGCUUUUCACAGAGACUCAACAUUGUUAUUGAUAUCUUUGAAGCAAUGGAUUAUCUCCAUAACCACUGUCAGCCAUCAAUCAUCCAUUGUGAUAUGAAGCCAAGCAAUAUUCUCCUUGCAGAAGACAUGAAUGCUAAGGUUGGAGAUUUUGGCAUAUCAAAAAUCCUCCCCAAAAGCAUAACUAAAAUUCAUCUAAAUUCAAAAAGCUCAAUUGGAAUCAGAGGUUCUAUUGGCUAUAUUGCUCCAGAGUACGGUGAAGGUUCUGCUGCCUCCAAACUAGGUGACAUUUACAGCUUAGGCAUAAUAUUGCUUGAGAUGUUUACGGGAACAAGCCCUACUGAUGACAUGUUCAAGGAUUCGCUUAAUCUGCACGAAUUUGCUACCGCUGCUUUUCCUGACAGAGCCCUGGAAAUAGCUGAUCAAACAAUCUGGCUGCAUGAAACAAAUUAUACAGAUGCUACAGAUGCAAGCAUGACAAGAGGAAUUAUUCAACAGAGUUUGGUGUCUCUCUUUGGGCUCGGCAUAUCCUGCUCAAAGCAACAACCCAGAGAGCGAAUGGUGUUAGCAGAUGCCGUGUCAAAGAUCCAUGCGAUCAGAGAUGAAUAUUUCAAGUCCCGGGUGGUUGGGCAACGAGCAAUAGAGCACUAGAGCUAAAUGCUAGAUAAUAUACAUAUGUAGUGUCAAUCAUUUUGCCUGGAAUAAUCGGAGGUAAACAAGGUCCCAGAUUUUUUUUUUUAGAGAAGGUCAAAAGACCCGGCUUCUAUUGAAAGCCAUAACAAGGACCCAGUUAGCCGUUGUAAAAUACAUACGAGGAAUUUGAUCAAAUUUCUCGAUAUGUACACAGAGAAUGUAAUCGGUUUGUUAAAUAAUAUUGAACUGCUGUAGUUUUUACUUCAGAAAAACA